GUACCAUAGGCCAAUCGAGCUGUACCUCAUCUGAACAAGAUGAGACAAGAUUAGCAUAAUAGGUGCUUGUGUCUGUUGGGAUACUUUUCUUGAACUCUUCUCCACCGUUGAGGCAUUUCUUUUAACGGACAGCAACCGGCUGUCAAUAGGUAUCCCCGGUGGAAGGAUGUUAAUGUAGUUCUCGCUUCCGAAAAGUGGCAAACGUAACUUGUCACAUGAGCCGACUCGAUAGCGUGUUAGCUCGAGCUCGACGACACAUUCGGGCUGCUUGGAGGUUUAUUCUUUCGGAAAUGUUCGUAGUGGCUUAAUUGCAGGCUUAAGAUAAGGGUGUAGUGCGUUUUCGUUGGAAUCCACUUGACUGUUGUUAUCCGUCCGCCUGAAUGGGAUGUUAUUGGCUACAUGCUAGGAAGUGUGCUAGCUGUUCCCAAGAGUCCUCGCGACUUCGCCAGCUAGCUUUAUUCCUCCUACUAAAAUACACUCUUAUCCUGUGGUCCUCCGCCUAAGUGGUGGGCUCGCCCGCAUUUAUUAUUUUUUUGCCGCCUGCGGAUUUUAUGGUGAACUCGCUCGGUGUUUGGCACUCUACAUGGUCACUACGGUGGAUCCAAGGCGACAGGAAGAGCGAGCCGGACCCCGUGGUGGAGAACCGGGUUGGGCUGACUUGACGCCGCAUCGCACCAGCCGGGAGGUGGUGGGGCUGAGGGUGGUGGUCGCGCGUUACUUUGUCCCCAUGCCCUGCCGUUAGUGGUCACAUAACGAGCCCUGGUACAGAUCAGGGAUACAGGAGCGGUGCAGUCAAGCAUAAAGCCUUUGUUUCCACUGUCAAUUGUGCGACAUCUUACGGUGACAACUGUGCCAAGUGGAUCACCAUGACGGAAGAUAACAGCGCAGAUAACUUCAUCAAGGAAGCAUCCAUUCUAGAGGAAUACAGCAUAAAUUGGACACAGAAGCUUGGCGCUGGCAUCAGUGGACCUGUCAGAGUUUGUGUGAAGAAGUCAUCACAGGAACGGUUGGCCCUGAAGAUCCUGAUUGAUCGCCCCAAGGCCAGAAAUGAGGUGCGACUCCAUAUGAUGUGUGCCAACCACCCAAACAUUGUGCAAAUCUUGGAGGUGUACGCCAAUAGUGUCCAGUUCCCACACGAGUCCAGCCCGAGAGCCAGGCUUCUGAUCGUCAUGGAGAUGAUGGAAGGCGGCGAACUGUUCCACAGAAUCAGUCAGCACAGGCACUUUACUGAAAAGAUGGCUAGCGAGGUUACAAAGCAGAUCAGCCAAGCCUUGGAACACUGUCACUCCGUAAAUAUCGCACAUCGAGACCUGAAGCCAGAGAACCUGCUCUUCAAGGAUAACUCUCUGGAUGCGCCCGUGAAGCUGUGUGACUUUGGCUUUGCCAAAAUCGAUCAGGGGGACUUGAUGACACCCCAGUUCACUCCCUACUAUGUAGCACCUCAGGUACUUGAGGCUCAAAGAAGACAUCAGAAGGAAAAGUCUGGAAUCAUACCUACCUCACCCACUCCUUAUACCUACAACAAGAGCUGUGACUUGUGGUCUCUGGGCGUCAUCAUCUACGUGAUGCUGUGCGGCUAUCCUCCAUUUUACUCCAAGCAUCACAGUCGCACCAUUCCCAAGGACAUGAGAAAGAAGAUCAUGAUGGGCAGCUUUGACUUCCCCGAAGAUGAGUGGAGUCAAAUAUCCGAGAUGGCAAAGGACAUCGUGCGCAAGCUGCUGAAGGUGAAGCCAGAGGAGAGGCUGACCAUCGAGGGAGUCUUAUCUCACCCAUGGCUCAAUUGCACCGAGGCGCUGGACAACGUGUUGCCUUCCGCCCAGAUGAUGAUGGACAAGGCGGUGGUGGCAGGCAUCCAGCAGGCCCAUGCGGAGCAGUUGGCCAACAUGAGGAUUCAGGAUCUGAACAUCAGCCUGAAGCCGCUCAACUCUGUCAACAACCCAAUCCUCAGGAAGAGGAAACUACUCGGCCCAAAGCCCAGUGACGGUUUCUUCAUUCAUGACCCAGAGAACGGAGGCGAGGACUCCAAUGUAGCGCUGGAGAAACUACGCGACGUCAUCGCACAGUGUAUUCUUCCACAGGCUGGAGAGAACGAAGACGAGAAGCUGAACGUGGUGAUGUUUGAAGCAUGGAGGUUCAACAGGGACUGUAAACUGCUGCGAGAUGGCCUGCAGGGACUCAGCUGGAACGGUCGCGCAUUCUGUGAUAAGGUGGAUCGAUUGAAGUUGGCCGAAAUUGUGAAACAGGCCAUUGAAGAGAGGACAAAUCUGGAAGAGUCUCACUAGCGAACAUCCUUCUAUCUCUUGUUUUUAUAUUCUCUUUUUAACGAGGCUUUUUUAAAAAAAGGAGGAAAAAAUGUCAAAUUUGUUUUUCACCCCAUUGUUUCACUUGCAAGGCCUUUUGUACAGCUGUAAAAAAAAAAGACUCAUUGGUACUUGCAAGAAAAAAAGACUGUUUUCAUUUUUGCAAAAAAAAAAGCAAAUCAAAUCAAUUUGAGAAAUUAUUUUCUUGGUGGGUAAUUUUUAUUCGCAGCUUGAAGCAUUUAUUUUAUCCCAAUGAUUUUAUUUCUUUUAACUUUCCAAACAUUAUUUAUUUAAAGCAAAAGUUGCAUUAUUUAUAUAAUUUUUUGGAGGGAGCCUAUGAGCAGGCUUUAAAGCGGCGAAAUCAGAUUUUUAUGUGUUCAAUCCUCUUUAGCUCUAAACUUGUUUCCCCAUCUAACUUGUCGUUUUGGUUUAAGAAAAUGUGUUUAUGGAAGCGUGAGUCCCUAUUUUAAAGCUGCAAAUCCAAGCAGACAUGAAACACCAAGGCUCUUGCGCCUUGCAUCAAAUCCGCUUUUGACAAAAUCUCACCGACUUGAGCUUCUGAGAGCAUCUUGAUCUUCCUCCUCCGCUUCCCUUCAAUAUGUCACACUACACCUCGUCUCCUCCCAAGAUUUAUGUUGGUAGCCUUAAACAUUACCUCUUUUUUUUUAUGAGUUUUUUUUUUGUUUUGAGUUGCACAUCAUGUUGCUUGACUGUCUAAAAAGAAACAAAUUGAAUUUUCUUUGGGAGUGGACAUUUGUCUUCAUACACCUUAUUUUCUCAUUUCGAGGUCUCUUUUAGAAACUAUGCACCGAUUGGUCGCCAGCUCUAUCAUCCAAAGUCCUAAAACGGAGCCUCCCUUUUCAGCCCAGAGACGACGCUAUCCCUCACAGUUUGCUGCCCAUUGGAACUUUAUUGUUGACCAAAUCAGCAGCACUUAAUCUCUGAUCUAAUCUAUCUGGAAUAUUGUUUAAUAAUACCCCAAAAAUAGCUUCUCUAAAAAUGAAGGCGUAAUUCCCCCUGCUCUCCAAUAACCACCUAAGGUCAUUUUCAGUAAGUAAAUAAAUAAAAGCUCGUCCACUAUUUUGUAGAAAUAUGGGAUGGUAUGACCGCAUUUUAAUAGCCACAUUCAUAUAUUGCCAUGUGCUAAAAUCCUUACAUUGUAGUCAGAUUCACAUGUGGUCAUAUCCCUGAAGUUAUGCCCCCCAUAUGGUCGUGUCCAUGUCCUAAUAUCCAGACUAUGGAGUAUGAAAUAAUUUCUAAUUGGUCAUGUCCAUAUGCAGUCCCUGACUGCAUUAUUAUGGAAAUGGUCUAUCAUAUCAGCACGUCAGAUAUUGCUGAUUACAUCAGCAGUGAGCCAGUGUAGCAUUUCCACGGUGUCGGGCUGAGCCAGAACCCUGCACACCGUCUCAGACACAGCUAUGUUUUUGUCCCCUGCUCCUUGAUUUUGUUACAGGAUGCAAAAAAUCUUUAUAUGGGACAAUUCCUCUGCACCCACGUCUGUUAUAUUUUCUUGUUCACAAUCAUUUGUUGGUAUAAAAGCAAGUCAAAUGUUUUUGGAUAUGAUCAGAAAGUGAAGGAUGAAGUGUUUACCACACAAUUCUUUUAGUCAAAACGGCAAUGAUUUGUACUCUGUUGACAUCAAGCGUGACUGAAACUUUACUGUUGUAAAACGCUUGUUUGGAUUUUGAUUUUUAGCCCCUUGUUCCGAUCUGCUUGGUCCUUUUCAUAUUGCGAGCAAUCUGUUUGGGGGAUUUUUGACAAAUGAGACUCCCUUUAGAGCUCUGUAACAACCAUAAUAGGAUGGUUUUUAAGGCCUUAUUGCACAAGCAAACGUGCCUUGGUGACUUUGAGUACAAAAUUGUUCAUGUUGUUUACCCCAAAAUGAAAUCAUUCCAUAAAAGGCAUUUUCAUGACUUCAAAUACUGUAAACUGAUUUUGGAGGAUCAUAUCUGUAACACAUUACAAAAUGAGCCUUUUAAGUUGAUCAUCCGAUUCAGUAUUUUUACCAAAAGUGGUUAUCAAUGUAAAAAAAAAAAAGUUUUGUCAGCUGAUGUAGCAUGUGUUCAGGAAAGUAAACAUCUUUCUUCCUUCUCUGGAAUGUCUUCAAUUUGCUGACUUUGAAAUAAAAGGACUUUAAACA